GCUGCUGAGAGCCGCGCGCUCACUGACUGACCGACUGACUGACUGGCUGCUCUCCUUCAGGUCCGCUGAUCCCACAGACACCCACCCGACACCACCGGCACACACACACACACACACACACACACACGCCAGGCGGAGCGGAGCCGGGACCGGGUGCUUUCCCUCGGAUGGAGAACCGGCGGCGUGAGAGCGGAGAGUCCGGAGCUCCUGCACCCGGAGACAAGAGCGCACACACGGCUGCCCGUCUGCCUCUGAACCGGUGAAAUACUCACCUCUCUGAUCCAUCGAUCCCACUGACUGCUGAGUGGGAGGAAGAAGAAGAAGAAGAGGAAGAAGAAAAAGAAGAAGAAGAAAAAGAAGAAGAAGAAGAGGAGGAGGGCGCACCGGAGACACCGGGACCAUGAUCCGGAGGGUGCACGGAGGUGAUCAGUGACGGGAGCCGAGAGGGAGAAACAGAGAGGAAACAGAGAGGAAACAGAGAGGAAACACGGGAGGAAACACGGGAGGAAAAGGUUUCACUCUUCACUCUCUGAUCAUCUAUCGAUCCAUUGAUCGGGGACUGUUUGGUUUUGCGCACCGGGACGAUGAUCCGGAGAGUUCCGUCCGAAGGUUAGAGAAGAGAAGAAGAGUCGAAACAACAGAAGAAGAAGAAGAAGAAGAAGAAGAAGAAGAAGAAGAAGAAGAAGCGUGUUGUUUGUGUUCUGCUGCUCGAUCAAUAUCUCCAUUGAUCCCGGUGAUCCCGCUGAUCGGUGGAGGAAAGAAGCAGCGGGAGGUUUGUUGAACUAGACGCGGGAGCGCAGCGGACUCGGCCGGGGGACGAUGAUCAGGAUCUUCCCGGAUUUCAGCGUCCAGGUGACGGCUUCGGCGGGCGGUGGACCCGGGGCUGGAGGCGGAGGAGGCGGAGGAGGCGGCGGGAUGGUGGCCGGACCGCAGGUGGGGCGGGUGCCGGUGCAGGUCCCCGGAGCCACGAACGGGACCCCGCAGGGCGUGCAGGGGAUCACCGCCUACCAGCAAAGUGACCCCUACUGGGAGCGGCCGGCUAAUGCAGGCAGCUGCUCCGCCGCCCGGCCCAAGACCCUUCACCUGGCCGGCCAGCAGCAUACCUCGUCACCAUGGCUGCAGGCUCUGAGGAAGGAGAAGUCGCGGGACGCGGCGCGGUCGCGGCGGGGAAAGGAGAACUUUGAGUUUUACGAACUGGCCAAGAUGCUGCCGCUGCCGGGCGCCAUCACCAGCCAGCUGGACAAGGCCUCCAUCAUCCGGCUCACCAUCAGCUACCUGAAGAUGAGGGACUUCGCCAACCAGGGCGACCCGCCGUGGAACCUGCGCAUGGAGGGACCGCCGCCCAACACCUCCGUCAAAGCUAUCGGUGCCCAGCGAAGGAGGAGUCCCACCGCCGUCGCCUCGGAGAUCUUCGAGCCUCACCUGGGCAGCCACAUUCUACAGUCUCUGGACGGUUUUGUAUUUGCACUAAACAAGGAGGGACGCUUCCUCUACAUCUCUGAGACCGUCUCCAUCUACCUGGGCCUGUCACAGGUGGAGCUGACUGGCAGCAGUGUCUUCGACUACAUCCACCCCGGCGAUCACGUGGAGAUGGCGGAGCAGCUCGGCAUGAAGCUUCCUCCGGGCAGAGGGAUGUCUCUGUCCCAGGGAGCCGUCAACGAAGACGGGGCGUCCUCGGCUUCCUCGUCGUCGCACUCUGAGACGCCCGAACCAGUGGAGUCGAGCAGUCCCAGCCUCCUGGCUCCUGACAACACGCUGGAGCGCUCCUUCUUCAUCAGGAUGAAGUCGACACUCACAAAGAGAGGAGUUCACAUCAAGUCCUCAGGAUAUAAGGUGAUCCACGUCACGGGACGUCUUCGCAUCAGGAUGGCGUUGACGCACAGCCGCUCGGUGCCCAAUCAGAUCAUGGGGAUGGUGGUGGUGGCUCACGCCCUCCCGCCGCCGACCAUCAACGAGGUUCGCAUCGACUGUCAGAUGUUCGUCACCCGAGUCAACAUGGACCUGAAGAUCGUCUACUGCGAGAACAGGAUCAGCGACUACAUGGACCUGACCCCGGUGGACAUCGUGGGGAAGAGAUGUUAUCAGUUCAUUCAUGCUGAAGACGUGGAGGGGAUCAGACAGAGUCACCUGGACUUGAUGAAUAAGGGUCAGAGUGUGACGAAGUACUACCGGUGGAUCCAGAAGAACAGCGGGUACAUCUGGAUCCAGUCCAGCGCCACCAUCGCCAUCAACGCCAAGAACGCCAGCGAGAAGAACAUCAUCUGGGUCAACUACGUCCUCAGCAAUCCGGAGUAUAAAGACACGCCCAUGGACAUCGCUCAGCUUCCCAACCUGCCCGAGAAAACAUCCGAGUCCUCCGAAACCUCCGACUCUGAGUCUGAGUCCAAAGAAAACUCUGACAACGAGAACGCCAAGCCCGACGGGAAGCCGGGUCACCAAGCAGAACGCAGCGAGGACCCGGAGACGGACAGUAAGCGUCAGCAGCAGCCCGGCCAACCACACUGCUCCUCCGAACAGGAAAUGAAGCGGCAGGAAGAAGGAGACAGCUCGAGCAACCCAGAGAGCCAGGACAGUGACGACAGCCUCGAACCUUCAGACGGAGAGGUGGAGGAACAGGAGGAGGCAACGGGAGGAGGCGGAGGUGGUGGAGGAGGAGGUGGGGGUGGUGGAGGAGGAGGAGGAAGGCUGGGGAGGUUAGCGGGACUGGGAGCGUUGGGAGGACUGGGUGCCAUCGGAGGACUGGGUAAUCUUGGCGGGCUUCACAUUAAAGUAGAGCACUACGGAGAAGGGGAAGAAGUACAGUUGCACAACUCACAAACAUCUUCAUCAGAGGAGGAGGAGGAAGAGGAGGACGAGGAUGAUGACGAGGAGGAGGAGGAGGACGGAGACAUGCGGGAUUGCAACAGUGCCAACGCAGGAAACAAGCUCCAGAAGAGGCGGAAGAGGAGGAAAGUGCAGAAAUGGGACGGAUCCCGAAGCAGAAGACUCCGCCUGUCCUCGACCACGCCGAGCCCCAGUGCCAUGGGCGACACCACACCGCUGGUUGACCCCUCACAGGCCACAUCCGCCAGCUCCUCCCACCUCCUCACCUCCUCCGGCUCCCCUAACAGUGCAGGUGCAGCGUCCUCGGUCCUGAAAAUCAAGACGGAGAUGGCAGAGCCCAUCAACUUCGACAACGACAGCAGCAUCUGGAACUUCCCACCCAACAGAGAAAUUUCCAGAAACGAGUCCCCGUACAGCAUGACCUCCAAGCCGGCCGCUCCGGGCAGCCAUGAGACCUUCCCCUCACCCCAGGGAGGCUCUCUCCAGGUGGCCAUCCCCGACUCCGUCCUCACCCCUCCUGGAACCGAGGGAGGAGCAGGAGGAGUAAGGAAGCCUCCUUACAAUGGAAGUUCUGCCCCGUCCUCCGCUUCCAGUGCUGCGAGUUUAGCUCCUCCCUCCAGCGCCUCCUCUGCUGACCCCCUGUCCCCUCCUCUCUCCGCCUCCCCACGGGACAAGCAACAAGGCACUCCAACCACUUCUUCCUCCUCUUCCUCAUCCUCCUCGUCCUCAUCAACUUCUUCCUCCUCACUGCUGUACUCUGGCGAUCUCGAGGCACUACAGCGUCUGCAGGCCGGUAAUGUUGUGCUCCCGUUGGUCCACCGGGUCACGGGGACUCUGGCUUCCACGAACACGACGGCUCCACGGGUCUACACCACCGGGACCAUCAGGUACGCACCGGCGGACGUCACCCUGGCCAUGGCGCAAGGCAACCUCCUCCCCAACGCUGCCAUGAACUUUGUCGACAGCUCGGGGUUCGGCCUGGACCCCAAGACGCCCAUGGAGAUGCUCUACCACCACGUCCACAGGCUCAACAUGUCGGCAGCAGCAGCCGCCGGCCCCUUCGUUGGAUCUCCGGCUGUGACGGGCGCCAACGGUGCCCUGGGAGGCCAGAUGCCGACGGCGGCCAACGUUUUCACCACGGCGGAGGGACUUUUCUCGACGCUACCUUUCCCGGUGUACAGCAACGGGAUCCACACCACGCAGACAAGUCUGGAGAGGAAGGAGGAUUAACGCAAAACAUUCAAGACCGUAUUACUGUGUUCCUGGAAUCAACGACUGUGUCAAAGACUACUCACUAGUAAAAAAAAACAAAAAAACAUGAAAGACUAUUUACUUACUAUCUUUUAUCAACACAGCACUGUGUUUCCGAGAGGGGAGAAAGGACAGGAAAGGAUGACAGAUGUACUCUAGCACUUUGAAUCUGAGCAACUGAGCUUGUGUAAUAGACAUGAAUGACCCUGAAACAUGUCCCUCUUUUUCUAUCUCUUUUCUCUCCUCCUCAUCUUCCUCCUCCUCCUCCUCCUCCUCCUCCUCUCUCCGUCUCUCUCUCUUCACUCCUGUUUCUUGCAAUCAGCAACAUUUUUUUCUCUCGAACAAAUGAACAAAAAAAAAAAAAACAGACUAUUCUUUAUUGUAAAGAAUUUCCUUUUUUGCCUACAGAGAAUUCAUAUUGCCUACGGACUCCGCCGGAGCCUGACGGAGAUAAUUUUUAUUAUUUGACUUGUUUUGUGUUGCGUCUUCAUGAAGAUGCUGAUUGUGUAUUUAAAGGAGGACGGUACAGGGAUUUGUAACGGACAGAAAACUCUACGUGACGCUCCUCCGUAUGUAUCUUGAUGUGAUCAAGGCUUGAAGAGAAAGUUUUUAAACCGAGAAGAGGGAGCGCUGAUGCACCUCCGACAGGUCUCAGAGAUAAUAAUCUUUUGAAAAAAGGUUUUUGAGGACGUUUCUCGAUUGAGGGAAUAGUUUAGAGAAUUAAUGCUGUUUUUCUCUCUUUUCAUUUUUUUUAUUUGUUUUUUUUUUAUAUAUAAAAUAUUCUAGCUCAGAUUUAACUUACAAAUCAAGCAUUAAGAAGAAAAACAUAAAAAAGCAAUUUCAACCGGGUAAUGACCUGUGAAUUAUCGAAUGUUACUACUUCCUCUUUUAUCCCAGGAGUUUACCUACAGGUCUCGCACCAAACAUAACCUCCUCCACAUCUCUUCCCAUCUCAAUCUAUCGUUCUCUCUCUCCGUCUACCUGAUCUAUAAUCUCUCCGCCUACAUUUCUGCCUGUCGAUCUACAGAUUCAUGGUGCUACCGACCGUCCAGUAACCCUGAUUCAGCUGGCUGAUGUGGGUGCUGUAAACGAACCCACAGCUCGUUGACAGACUGAUCGUUGGUUUUUUGUCUUUGUUUUUUUCAGUUUUGGAGGGGGAACAAUUUUAAAGUCUUUUUUUUUUCUCAUCUGACCUUCAGGAAAGUCAGAAACACAGCAAGAACCUUAAGAACCUCUAAGUCAACGACAUCUCCAUGUGUCAUCUACAUAUCCCCCCUUCGCUUGUCUAAAAUAAUCUGAUUGGGCCACGAGGGGCAGCUCCGCACGGCAACAUGGAGUUGAUUGGUUGAAUUUUAGGCUACAUAAUUUUAUUUUUACUUGUUUUGUAUUUUCUAACUUAAUCACUUUUGAUUCUCAGUGAAACUGAGGCUAAUACACUAGUGUCACUAACUUGAAAAAUGAAUGUUGAAAACCUCGACCGGCUCCUGUUUGAUCACUGUUUUAUUAAUUUAUAGCGACUACUUUCUUCCUCCUCCUCCUCCUCCUCCUCCUCCUCUUCUUCUUCGUCGUCUUCUUCCUAAACCAGAAUCACCUCCACGAGAUUUUUUUCUAAACAAUCCACUCUCUUCCAUCUCAUCGCCGGACCCUGUGAUUAAAAACCACAUAUCAACAAGGAGAUUGUAAUAAAAGACAUGCAUUUUCAAUCAAUCAAAUCAAUCAAACAAUCAAUCCAAUAACUACAAGAAAAAAAAGAAUAUGAAUUUUUUGAGGAAGAGAAAAAAAUAAUCACAUUCCUUUAAACAAUGUCGUCUUGGUCGUUGUUCUUUAUGUUCUGUGUUUCUUCUUCCCGAGCCUCCGUUGCCAAAAAAAUGAAAUGUUUAAAUCUCACAAGUUUGGUGUUUUACAGCACUGUGAUUCUCGUUCAUUUGUAACUUUUAUUUUUUCUCUCUACUUUUUUGGGUAAAAAGAGUUUCCAAAAAAAAAAAAAAAAAAAAAAGAUGAGAACAAGUAAAAAUUAAAGCGGUAAAAAAAAAAGUAUAAAAAAGAAAAAAAAACUGUCACGACAUCCAUCUUUUUAAAGUUGACAGCCCCGUCUUUACCAUCCCGUCAUCCUUAUUACCCAGUGUGAUUACGCCGUAAAAACGUGUUACCGAUGUGUUUAGUGUCACUGGCUGUCAAAAAGUCUUUCAUGGCGACUUCUCUCUCUGUGUGUGUUGACUAUAUGCAGUAUAUACUGAGCUACUGUAGCUGUUUUUGUCCUUUGUCUUCUCUGUGCUCUCUCUAGUGUGGGGGAGGGGUGAUGGGCGGGGCUUAAAGAGAGAUAUAGAGGGGGCGGAGUCUGACGUCCCUGUUUCCCUCGAGCCCCGCCUCCUUCUCCACCUCCCUCUAUCUGCAGUCUUAGUGAAACCAGUGGAGGUUUGUGGAAUUUCGUGUUCGGUGGCCUUUGCAAAAAAACUAAAAAAACGUUUGUAGAGUCCACCUUUUUUUUCCUCGCUGCUUCCUUUUUGUCUUUGUAAGACCUCUUCUUUCGUUUUCUGUUCAGGUUUUCUAAUCCUUCUUCUCUUUCUCUCUCUGCUGUUGCUUUUUGCUGUUGUGUAGUCUUAUACAAACCUCUUUAUCUUGCUGUCCUUUCUCUCAGAGAUGAAAAAGAUUCUUUAACUAGCUCAAAGGUUUAUGGAGCCAUGUUUUUUGCCGCUAAGGAAUUCUGGGAAUCGCGGUUUCCAGCUCUCGCGUAACAAAGUAUUGAAUGACUAAUAAAUAUUUACACUAUAGAGAAUUAAAUUAUGAUGAGGAAAAGCCUAAAGUAGCAUUUUUAGAUGUAGUCCCGAAAAAACCACAAAAGCCUCAGUUGUGAAACAUUUCCCAGAGUCCCUUGGGGCGUCUUGUGUGCAUUGGGUGUAUUUCAUUGGUUCUCACCGAACUUGUUGACUUCCUGCGCAAACUUCUCUCACGGGACGAACAAAGUUACACAAGUGGUUCAAGGGGGGAGAAAAAAAAUCACUAUUUCAGGACACGUAAUAAAAAACGGUUUUAAAGAUUUCUAAAGAAAUUAAAAGAAGAAAAAAAUAUUUCGCACUAUAAAUCUAUUUUUAUAGGUGUUUUGGAAAAACUGAACUGCAUGUUUAGUAAGUUCGUCCGAUGCGUUUCACGUGAUCGAUCCCUCGUUCUUUCCGUUCUAACUUUUUCGGUCCAGCGGUUUCUUGUGUUUUUUUAAGUCUGUCGAGCCCAAACGGGGGGAAGUGAUGGAGGCCUGUCGGAAGAAUAAAAGUCUGUAUUGUCAAAACCCACCCGGGCCUCCAGUCCCCCCCCUCACAUCAGGAAAAUCAAUCUGUAGCGUCUGUGCUUUCUGUGGAGAAUCAAUGUCUUGUUACUGCGACUAACAUGUAAAACUACAACAACAACAAAAAAAACUGCUUCUGGAGUUUAACAAUGGAAUUUAUUUAUUUUUGUGUUCAAGAAGAUGAAUGUGAUCCGGGCCGCUCGAUCUGUCGGUUUGAUUGGUGGGUCGUCUGUGGUUGAAUGUUAAAUUCAGUCAUUUCAGGAGCAUUUUGUUUCCGCGCUCCUCUGGAUUUUAGCGUUUUCUACUUUUGGUGGUUUUUGCGUGAAAGCAGGGGGGGCGGGGCACAAACGGAUGGCAGGGCCCCAUUUGGUAAAGACAAGGGGAUUUAGU